AUGGAGUCAGCAUCGAUACUCUCCGCCCUUAGAAGCGAUAAAUUGAAAGACUCGUCCCAAUGGCGAGCCUGGCAUAAGCGAGUGAAGGCAUUCGCAGUGCAAAGAACAGUCUGGGAUCUCUGUAACCCAGAUACAACAUCACAUCCGAUACCUUUAUCGGAGCCAAUUGAGCCUGAAUACCCUCAAUCGGGAGAUCAGGAAGAAAAGAAAGAAUGGAGAGACCUUCUUGAGGUCUACAAGAUUAAGGCGAAUCGCUGGGAAAAGCAGCGGAAGGGUCUGAACGAGGUGAAUGAGUAUAUCAUCACCUACCUAGACGCAUCCUUGCGAGACGUUGUACUAGAGUAUGAGACUCCGUACGAACGCUUGGUGUAUCUAAGCAAGCGCUUUGCUAGAUCCCACGCGUAUAAGGAAGAAAUUCGCAUGAAAUGGAGAGCUUUCGCUACCCAAAAACCCAUCGGAGAUGUCGAAAAAUGGCUGAUUUCCUGGGAUGAAAUGCGUGAGCAAGCAGUGAGCCUCAAUUUGAGCGAGGCUGCAAGUGCGAAUAAUGACUUUCUACAAGCCACAAAGGAAAUCUUGCCAAUCUGGUGGCAAGCAAAAUAUCAGGAGAUCGUGAUGAAUGGUGGAUCGGUUGAUACUCGAGAUCUGAUUGAGUCCUUCAGGGCAAUGUAUCGAGAGAUCGGACCAAAUGCAUUAGCACCGGAAUCAGCACCAUUAAAAGGGUCUUUCUCUACCUGGCAAGGCCAUCAGGAAGCAAAAAAGGAGGUCAAAAACAUGCCGUUCGAAAAGAGACCCUGCCCUUGUGGAAAUAAGCAUCCCCGCCAUCAUCCGACGACAUGCUACAUUCUCAAUGAAGCAAUCAGACCAAAUGGAUACGUGCCUAAACAGGAGGCCGUACAGAGGGUCGAGAAGGCGCUAGCAUCAGACCUAGCGUGGAAGAAAUGGAUCUAUGAAGCCAUUGAAAAGGCGACUCCAAAGCCGUCUAAUGCUAUACAACCGCUACACUUCGGAAAUAUGGCGUUUUCAAGCCAAGCAAUCGGACCGGCAGUAGCAUCACUCCGAAACCGAUGGAUCCUCGAUACUGGAUCGGGUGUCCAUGUCUGUAAUGAGGAGAGCAGAUUCAUCAAUCUCACUCCGUGCAAUGAGAUGCUAGCCACGGGAGAUGGCAAGACAGCUGUUAAAGGUCGCGGCACCGUGAAACUCACCGGCGUGGACCCGAUAACGAGAGAAGAAAAGACUAUCACCCUAAGCAAUGCAUGCUAUGCACCUGGCUUCCAUGUGAAUCUCGUGUCAUACGCCCGUCUGAGAGAAAAGGGAGGCACCUGGUCAGAGUCUAAAGGGUAUAUCCAGGAUCAUGAAGCAAUACCGAUCGUCAGCCUCCGUCUAUGGCAUCAUAUCGGCUUAUGGGUCUUUGAUCAGCCGUAUGAGGCAAUUGGUACGACAAAUGCCGUCAGAUCAUCCUCGACCCCACAACAUAAAACCGCCUCAGCCGAAAUGUGGCACUGA